GACAUGGUCAAUGAGGAUAGGGGUACCACCGUGUGUAAUAACAGAAGAAAUGUCUUUACAGAUGACUAGUAAGGGCAAACCACCAGAGAACCCUUUUCUCGUCAGACUGCCAUUAAUUUUAGCCUUCUGCUCACUUUGUGCCUGCGUCCCCUCGAACCCACUCCUGGAGCUUCCAGCAACCUCCCCAUGUGCCAGCGAGCUGUUGUAGCGACACGUUCUCUUAUCAACCCUCUACUGGUAGCGGAUUGAAUACUUCUUCUCUAUCCAUCAGACCCGGGAAGCUCCUCACCCUGACUCACGCAUCAAGCUCCCUCCACCCCCGAGCAGGGCGAAGCUGCGAACUGCGCCCCAUCACGACCGACUCACCUCUAGCAUGCCGCCACCUGCCUCUGCCAUUGGCUGCCUCUCCCGUCCAUGCUGCUCGUCCGCGAGCACGAUGGGAUGUGGUGCACGGAGCACUCCUCGCCGGUGCUUGGAGCCUGGGUGAAGGAUGCCUUGUGCUGGAUCACAGAACUUGUCCCUGAGACUAACUGCUCCUGCAUGCCCGUGGGCGACCGGCGGCUCCUCGUGCGCAUGUUCUCUUAAACAUUUCCUUGAUCUGUCCUCCCUGAGAUCCAACCUCGCAAUGCCAGCCCGUCUAACAAGUACAAGAAUGUAUCUCCACCAUCCCCUGCUCUGACACUGCUCCUGCUUGCGGGCUUUCUGUCCCAUCCAGUCAACCCUUUAGUGGUGUGAGACAAUGGCCAGCCUCGGUAAAUAACCACCAUUCCAACCGCAUUCGAAACGAAAGAAGCUGCAUCUCGCACUCACUGCGUCGCUAAUCGUCCUACUUUCACUAUGUCGGGAGCCGAGAUCGGUAUCGCCGUUAUCGGGGCGGUAGCAGCCCUGAUCACAGCAUACAAGGACGCUGGAGCUAUUGUCGAGAACAUCAAGGAAAGACGCAAGGCAAAAGGCGCCUUGCCUCCAAGCGUGGCGCUGGAAGAAUCCAUUCAAGAAGGCCAUCAGGAGAUCGAGAAGAUCACAGCAAAGGGCAUACAGCGAUUUGGGCCGACUUUCGAGCAAGGAGAUGAUAUUGCUCAUCGGGCCCUCCAGAGCCUUACCAUCGAGGUUCAAGCAUCCUUUUUACACCACCUGAUGCUCGCUAGCCGAGACGACAAUGUUAUCGACUUCGAGGCCUGUAUUGAUUCAGCCAUCGCAGCCCGAUUACGCGCGGUUACUAUACUCAACGAGCUCUAUUUGCGUCAGCAGAAACCUUCUAGCCCAAACUCGGAAGUGAGAAUAACACUACCUUGUGCAGAAGAGACGAAGGAGGCUGUCGAAGCUGCCCCAGAACGCAGGAAGCACUCGAGUCUGACCUCUGAGCCUCUGCCUCUGACAUCACGUCACUUGCAAUCGCCAGUGAAAACCCCACGACCCUCGCCAGAUGAGAUGAAGGAGGUCAUCGAAGCGCCUCCAUCCCCCGAGCGCAAGAAACGCAGUGGAACUCUGGAGUCCGAGCCACCUCCUAUCCCGGGUCAGGUUCCACGGAAGUCGUCCUGGAACGUUUUCAAGAAGUUACAUCGAACUUCAUCUGCUGAGAAAGAGAGUAUCUCGACGCUCCUGCCACAGGCCACCUCCCGGCCUCCUUCAUAUGUCACCUCACCCACAUCUCCUUCGAUCAGGUCACUGGACGAUCCUCGCAGACCCCAAGUCAUGACCCCACCCAUCAGCCCAGUUUCAACCGUUUCAUCCAUUGAUGUGCUGGCUGCAGCCGGCUUUUGUAAAGGUGCCUACUAUAUUCAACAAGGCAUCUACGAGAAGGGAGUCCAGGUCUCUAUGAAGAACAUGGAAUGGGCUUGCCAUUGUCGAAAAUGCCCCUUUACAACACCGGCAGAUCGAGACGAGCGAGGCCGAGCACGCUUCGACGAUAAAGCCCACUCAACACGGAACCUCCGUUGGCGAUCUCUCUUGCUCUUCAAAUCCCACAUAUCGUCUAGUCGGCAGAACACGCGCGUAUACAGGUGCCUGUUAUGUGUUCUUCUGGGUGAUUCGACUUCUGUCUACCAAGGGGAACAUUCUCUUUUUGAGCACAUGUACCACCACCAAGGCGGGGUCGUCAAUGGCGUAGAGCUUUGGGGGCCGAUAUGUCUGGAUCCAAGCGGAGCUAGAAUGGGGUCCGAACGGACGUUUGAUAUCUGCUUCGCAGAGAACCCGAGAUUCGCGCCGCCAAAAGGCGCCUUUGAGAUGGGCGUCGCCACGGAAAUUGUGGAGGCUGACGGCACAGAGAUCUAUGAUGAGGAUGUCUUCAAGAACCAAUGGGUGGACGAAGGACAGAGAUGAGAUGCGCGGAGAACGUCGUCCCAGUCUUUGUCUCGGGAGUGGUUGAAGCCUGACCAACUCUGAAGUCAACCAAGACUCUGCGUUUCGGUAUCCUCUGAGAUGGAGCAGGAACUCGGCACUGUGUAAUACUAUCUCGGAAGACGGUUGACGGAGUACAGAACGGCACCGCGUGAGAUACAUGAACAUUUACAGAGCAUACCGGUUUCCAGUUACAUUGGUGUGCAAUUCUGAACAGGAUAGCGGGACUACAUUGCUUUCAUAUGAAAGAUUAUAGAAACGAAUAGGGUCAAUGGUCACAAGCUGUGGUCCUGAUUCCAAAUGCAAGAGACGGGCGCCGAAGAGUGAGGCUGUGGUGCUCGAUUUGAGAGGAGGGGGAGGGAGAUGCGGCUCUUCGGCUGCCUUUUCCCUUGCCACCUAUCCUAGUCUCAGCCUCAUGUGAUUUGUUCCAUUCUUCUUUGAUGGGUUGGACCAUAGAGCCUCGUUGUCAUGCACAUUGCUUGCCUAGGGGCAUCUCUGUAGAGUUUUCCACGCCUGGGGGAAGCCGGAAGACGCACUUUGAUGACUUGCAUCCAGCUAUCCUCGUAUUCGUCGAAGGUGUAGUAGAGGCUGUGGUGCGUUCACGAGGGUUACUUGUAACACAUCCUGUAUGCUCGAGGGACAGGGGC